GUGCCAGCGGGGCGCGGGCAGCGCAUGCGCGGCGGCGGCUCUGCAGUGCUAGGGGGGGCGCUGAGGGACGGGGGGGCGGCAGCCGCCAUCUUGGGCGCUGGGCGGCGAGCGGCGGCGGGCGGCGGCAGGUCUUAACCAACAUGGGAAGAGAAGAUUAAAGUUCCACCAUGAUCGGAGGCUUAUUCAUCUAUAAUCACAAAGGAGAGGUUUUAAUCUCUCGAGUCUACCGGGAUGACAUUGGCAAUAGGCGGAAUGCUGUGGAUGCCUUCCGCGUCAAUGUCAUCCAUGCACGGCAGCAGGUCCGCUCGCCUGUCACCAACAUCGCCCGCACAAGUUUCUUCCAUGUCAAGCGUUCCAACAUCUGGCUGGCUGCUGUCACCAAGCAGAAUGUCAACGCUGCCAUGGUAUUUGAGUUUCUUUACAAGAUGUGUGACGUGAUGACUGCUUACUUCGGAAAGAUCAGUGAAGAAAACAUAAAGAACAACUUUGUGCUGAUCUAUGAGCUGCUGGAUGAAAUCCUGGAUUUUGGCUAUCCUCAGAACUCUGAAACAGGGGCCCUGAAGACCUUCAUCACUCAGCAAGGCAUCAAGAGUCAGCAUCAGACUAAGGAAGAGCAGUCCCAGAUCACCAGCCAGGUGACUGGGCAGAUUGGGUGGAGACGUGAAGGGAUCAAAUACCGUCGCAAUGAACUCUUCCUUGAUGUGCUGGAGAGUGUGAAUCUCUUGAUGUCCCCCCAAGGUCAGGUUUUGAGUGCCCAUGUGUCUGGCAGAGUGGUGAUGAAGAGUUAUCUGAGUGGAAUGCCAGAGUGCAAGUUUGGCAUGAAUGACAAGAUUGUCAUUGAAAAACAGGGCAAAGGGACUGCGGAUGAAACGGGGAAGAGUGAAUUGGGAAGCGGCAAACAGUCAAUCGCCAUCGAUGACUGCACUUUCCACCAGUGUGUGAGGCUCAGCAAGUUUGAUUCUGAGAGGAGCAUCAGCUUCAUUCCGCCAGAUGGAGAGUUUGAGCUCAUGAGAUACCGAACCACUAAGGACAUCAUCCUUCCCUUCCGUGUGAUCCCUCUGGUGCGGGAGGUGGGUCGGACCAAACUGGAAGUGAAGGUGGUGAUCAAAUCAAAUUUCAAACCUUCGUUGCUGGCCCAGAAGAUAGAGGUCCGGAUCCCAACACCUCUCAACACCAGCGGAGUGCAAGUUAUCUGCAUGAAAGGGAAGGCAAAGUACAAGGCUAGUGAGAAUGCCAUUGUGUGGAAGAUCAAACGAAUGGCUGGAAUGAAGGAAUCCCAGAUCAGUGCAGAGAUCGAGCUGCUGCCCACCAAUGACAAGAAGAAGUGGGCUCGGCCCCCGAUCUCCAUGAACUUUGAGGUCCCAUUUGCGCCCUCUGGGCUGAAGGUGCGUUACCUGAAAGUCUUUGAGCCAAAGCUGAACUAUAGUGACCACGAUGUGAUCAAAUGGGUGAGGUACAUCGGCAGGAGCGGGAUCUACGAGACCAGGUGUUAGCCCCAGCGGGCUGCCAGGCUCCCUCUUCUCCAAGCCAUCCUCCACGUCUUCUCAGUCUUCAAGUACAUUCAGAGACCAUCUGCCUGGCCCCUCUACGCUGAUCCACAGCCUGUGGCUCACCCGGGAGCAGACUCUGCCUGUGCUCAGUUACCACCCGCUGCAGCUGAUGCUCAGAAUCAGGUUGUGUGCAGGGGUGCAGCCUCCUGCUCCCCAUCCCAGGGUGGGGAAGGGCUCGUCUAACUCCCAUCCUCUCGUGAUCUUUCUAGGGAACGUCCACCAUUAAACUACUCUUCUGUUGGUGUCUCACUACUCGCAUCAUAUCCUAGUAUUUUUGAAGUUCUUGUGCAUAUGUACUCGUAGAAUAGACCUUAAACGUAGACUGGACAAAUCUGAGUUGAACUUACCCCGGCUUCUGUACUAGCUAUUGCUGUUGUGGUAGAUGUCGCUGGCCAGUCUGGGAUGCCUGAGGUGUCACCACCUCCUUAUCUCACGCAAAGUCUUCAGUAUAGAGCCCUGCUUUGGGAAGGUUUGUGACCAAAAACAAAGGCUGAGGGUUCAGACUCUUGGUGUGUAUGUGGGUAGCGCAGCAUUUCAGGGCCAUGGAGCAACUCACCCCAACCCGCUGCUGGCUCCAGCCAGUCCCCGUCCAUUGGAAAUAAGGCCGGCUCCACCCUGCGCUGUGGGGCAGGAGCUGAGCGGGGUCUGUCCUCUGCAAUUAAACGCACUCACAGCCCCUGCCCCAUCCCGUACGGCCCGUACAACAUUGCUGCUGCCCGCAGUCCCGCUUCUGGUGGUGUGCUCUCCAUUUUGUACACGUUGUGAUUUGUCCAGCUCUCAAUCUAAUAAAGUACGUAGAACGGA